AUGAAAAUUAUAGGACUAAAAAUUAUGAAGUGUUUUUUUCUAGACAAAGGGGCUUUAAAGUAACGAUAAGUUAGAAUAAAUUUUACAUAGGAAUCAGCAAACUGUUGAUAAAUUUAUUGUAAAAUUUUGUGUGGCCUUGAGGAGACUGUUCAAUUCACGACGCACGUUUCCCACCUGUCAAAAAUCUGUCAGAAAAACAUAAACACGGCAGUUGAGUUUAUAAUCAGCUAGCGUUAGGUCAUGCUAGAAAUCGUUCUAAUUAUAAUUUAAUAGUGUCAUACGUGAGCUUCAUAGUAAAAUCGUCGUGUACCAAUCGGAAUUCAGAGGUCAAACCAAUUACACGAAGACCAUCAAGUUGCCAUCGAUUGACAAACAGUUGAGCGCUUUCGACCGCCACCUCUGCUUGAUGUGAUAGUCUCCGACAGCCCCCAUGGUCCACUUCUCGGCAAGUAUGGGCCAGAAUGCGAGUCUCCCCAAGCCCGGGCGCCGAAAAUCUCUGCGGUCGUUUCCGCGUAAGUCCCACAACAACUCGAACCUGAGCCACACUUUCACUCUCAACGACAACCACGACAAGAUGGAACUCCUUAACAUCAAUCAAGCAAGCGAGGAGGAGCUCAUGACGCUCCCGGGGGUAAGUCGGGAGACUGCCCGGAGUAUAGUAGACCACCGGAAGGCCAUUGGCCGGUUCCGGAAGGUGGAGGACCUGGCCCUCGUCCGAGGUAUCGGAGCCGACAAACUCGAGGUUCUAAGACCGGAAAUCUGUGUCUCGAGUCGGAGGAAUUUGAGCUGUGCCUCAUCGAGAGCUCAGAGUUACGAUAGCCUUAGGAGCGUCGAUUCGAGGCUCACGGUUAAGAGUAAUAAACUUGUGAAUGUGAAUAAAGCGAGUGUUUUCGAACUGCAGUGUGUGCAUGGGAUUACGCAGGAAAUUGCAGCGGCGAUUGUGCACUACAGGGACAAGAAGGGGCCCUUCAAGCAGGUUGAAGAUCUGCUCAAAAUCAAAUCAAUCGACCGAAUCCGUCUUGAUAACAUUAGUCGGUUUCUGACUGUUGAAAAUUUCGACCAAGAAGAUACUGACGUCGACAACCCCCGAUCUAGCAUUUUGACAAAUGGCUUCCACCAUUCCGUCAAUGAGAAAAAAUUAACAAACGGGGGGCCCUUAAAACUUCCAGUUUUGAACGGUUUAUCUUCCUCUUCGCUUUUUGACAUUUUCGAGCUUUUAUCAGCAUAUUCUCCUCGACCGACUGGACAGGAAAUUUUCAAUUUCACGCGGAAAGGAGAGCCAGCGAUACGAAUCGGAGUAUGGAAUUUACACGAGUUUACAUUUGAGAAAGCAAACAAUCCUGGAGUUAGGGAAGUUGUGUGUCGGACGAUUUUAGAGAACGGACUUUCAAUAUUAGCGGUUCAAGAGGUAGUUAAUGUGACAGCAUUGAAAUUAAUUUGUGAUGAGCUCAACAAGCCAAGGUUGAGACGAGUAAACGAGUGGAAAGAUAAAAACCAUAACUGGAAUUUUUGUAUGCUGGACUUAGAAGAAGGGUCCCAGUUAGGUUUUAUCUAUGAUUCAGAUGGAGUGAUUGAUAUUGAACUGAUAUCAUUGAACCAAGGUCCACAAGAAGCCAGCAACGACUGCGAAGUGCUCAUAGCAAGUUUCAAAGUCGGCGAUUUAGAUUUGCAAUUAGUUAACAUGAAAUUGCACAAAAAUGCGAAACUGGACGUGUUGCAAGAAAAAAUAAAGGACUUAAUUUCUGAAGAAGAUAUGCUUUUAUUAUUUGUGGACUUUUCAGCUAUUUCUAAUAUAACAGACGAUUGGUUGACAAUAGGGGGUCUUCGAGCAGCUUUUCCAAGUUCGUUGAACACUAAUUAUUUGAGAACGAAAUUGGGCUUAAAUCCACAGCACAUAUCAAAUAUUUUAUUUAAUAACAAAAUCCAAGGUCAAGUUACGGGUAUUAACGGCGUGGUACAGCAAGGUUUGACCCAUUUAGCCAUACCCAAUGGGUGGAACUGGGGCGGCCCGGCAUCACCUUUUUGUCCCGUUUGGAUGGAAUUGUUUCUAAACCCCAAUUCAGGGACAGCGUUGUGAUAUUAUCUUAUUUUAUAUUUAAUUUUAUUUAUUUUUGACUGGGUAUACUUCACGUAAAUUUUACAAAUUUAUGGCUGUGUGUAAAACGGUUUAAUUUUUAAGCUUUAAAGACAAAAAUUUUAAUGUGAAAUAGAAAAAGAGGGCCCGGAUUAGUGUUUUUAUUUGAAAAUUGUGUUUUUUGUUAAAUUUUCAAAUGAAUUUUGUAGUUUAACGGGUUGCCUACAUCGAGGGAUGAAUGUUUGCAAUAAAGUGGCCCCGAUUUCAUAUUCAUUAUACUGUAAAAACAUUAGUCUGGUAUUUGUAAUUGCUUAUUUAAUAAAUAUUAUUUUAU